GAGAAAGUGGAAAAAAAACCUUUUUUUUUAGAGAGAGAAAGAGAGGGUAGCCCUAGAAAAAUAUGCAACCGGAUAAGGACUUUUGCAGCUGAGACACUGCAAAAAGAGUUAUAUAGAGAGAGAAAAGAAAAACUAUUUUUUUUUAUAUAUUUUAUCUUUUCAAUUUUGAUGUUUUCUUUUUUUAUUUAUUUAACAUCUUUUUUCCAUUGUUGUGGAGUAAUUUGCUUCUUUGCAGUGCACACUGACACAGUGACACAGUGGUUCUCUCACCUCUCCUUCUCUGUGUAACUCUGCCACCACUCUUCAUUUCCCCAAGAGAAAAAGAAAAAGGAAAAGAAAAAAACUGUUCAACUUUUUUUCAACUGAAUCAAUCACUAGCUUCCAUUUCUUCACAGGUGGAACUGUGAAUGUGCACCGCAGCUUUUUGAUCCUGUUCCUAAAAUAACUAGGUGAUAACUUUUGGUGUACUGAAUAUUGGGGUGUCAGUUUCCUGUGAAAGAUUCUGAAGGCAAUUGAAGUAAAUGCCAUGGAUCGUGGGGACCAAAUGGCGUUAUCCGGGUCUUACUAUAUGCAGCAAAGAGGAAUACCUGGAUCUGGAGCACCACCUGAGUUACAUAUUUCGCCUAAUAUGCGUCCAAUCUCUAAUCCAAAUUUACCAUUUCAAUCCAGCAUUGGUGGUGGUACCAUUGGAUCCACAUUGCCAUUGGAAUCUUCAGCAAUUUCAGCUCAUGGUGUCAAUGUGGGAGCUCCUACUGGGGCACCUCCAGGGGAACCUGUUAAGAGGAAGAGAGGAAGGCCUAGGAAAUAUGGAACCGACGGAAGUGUGUCAUUGGCAUUGACUCCAACUCCAACAUCAUCUAGCUAUCCUGGAGCCUUGACACAAAGCCAGAAACGUGGCAGAGGGCGCCCACCCGGGACUGGGAAGAAACAGCAAUUGGCUUCGCUUGGUGAAUUGAUGUCUGGUUCAGCUGGGAUGGGAUUCACUCCUCAUAUAAUCAAUAUUGCAAGUGGAGAAGACAUUACAACAAAAAUCAUGGCAUUUUCUCAGCAGGGAGCUAGAGCUGUAUGCAUUUUGUCAGCCAAUGGUGCUGUCUCUACUGUCACACUUCGUCAGCCAUCAACUUCAGGUGGCACUGUCACAUACGAGGGGCGCUUUGAGAUAGUGUGUCUGUCAGGCUCUUACUUGGUCACCGAUAAUGGUGGCUCACGCAAUCGAACUGGUGGAUUGAGUGUGUCCCUUGCUAGUCCUGAUGGUCGUGUCAUUGGUGGUGGAGUUGGUGGAGUGCUUAUUGCAUCAAGUCCUGUUCAGGUGGUAGUUGGGAGUUUUCUAUGGGGUGGAUCAAAGACAAAGAACAAGAAAAAGGAAUCCUCAGAAGGUUCAGAAGUUGCUGUGGAGUCAGAUCACCAGGGAGUUCAUAAUCCAGUUUCACUGAAUAGCAGCAUCUCACCAAAUCAAAACCUUCCUCCAACCCCCCCAUCUUUAAAUCCUUGGUCGACAUCGCGUCCAUUGGACAUGCGUAAUUCCCAUGUUGACAUCGAUUUAAUGCGUGGGUGACACAUUGUUGAAUAUACACUAGUGCUGUGUAUAUAUAUUUCAGAUUCAUGGUCGCUCAUCUAAUUUUUGUUGUAGUAGUAAAAUGGCAGAAUGGGAAGUACCAACAGCAGAGUAGAGCCAGCUGACUUUUGCAAAUUGAUAAAUCUCACUUAUAUCCAUCCACCCUUGAUGAUUAUUGACUUGGGGUUGUACUCAUAUUUUUGUAGCUGUGAGGAAUUUUCAAUUUGAAGGUUGUAUGUUCCUGAUUGGUAAUGAUACAAUUUGUCUUAUUUGGAAAAAUAAUUGACAUUGGGCUAGAUGUUUUAUGUGGUUUAGGAGCAUCGAUUGUUACAUAAUAUCAUGUGAUUUUUGUCAUAGAAUUGUCUUCUAGAAGGCAAUGACAAGGGGAACAUGAAGAUUUAUUGCUGAUAAUGCAUGAUGUAAAAUCGUUUUGUAUUCUAAUGGUGUGGGGUUGCAGAGUUUCUUAUUAUAGCUAUAGUAGCUGUCCCUUUGGUGCCAGUA